CAAGAUAUGUUGAGCCUCAUAUUGGCAAAGCACCAUGAGCGACAGCGACGAUGAUGUCCCUCAGCUGUCUGCGGCCACACUGGCGGCUCUGCAGGAGUUCUACGAUGACCAGAAGAUGGGUCAGGGACAGGCCACAGACAUCUACGCGGUCGGGGCUGUGGAGGAGGACUGGGGAAUGAGCCAGUUUUGGUAUAAUGAAGAGACAGCUCUGCGGCUAGCAGAGGAGGCCAUACAGCAGGCUGGCAAAGGGGGCAGGAUAGCAUGCCUCAGCUGCCCAAGCGUGUACCAGCGGCUGAAAAAGAACGACCUGGAGGGCAUCAACGAUGUGACUGCUGUUGUGCUGGAAUACGACCGCCGGUUCGCGGUGUACGGUGACGAGUUCGUCUUCUACGACUACAACAACCCACUCAGCCUACCGGAGAGCAUCGGUCCACAAAGCUUUGACUUUGUCCUCGCCGAUCCACCCUACCUGUCGGAGGAGUGCCUCAGUAAGGUGGCCAUCACGGUCAAGUUCUUGACCAAGGGAAAGACCCUGCUCUGCACAGGAGCCAUCAUGGAGGAGCAUGCAAAGAAACUCAUGGCUCUGAAGAUGUGUAACUUCCUGCCCAAGCACAGCCAUAACCUGGCCAAUGAAUUCCGCUGCUACACCAACUACGAGUCGACGCUCCUCUCGUAACACCAGCCACCCACAUCACCAGACUUUUCAGCUGCUCUGACAGAACUGUCAGUGACUGAGACUUGACAAGUUGUGCCUAUGAGAUGUAGGGUCGGGUGGCAAACCUAUUAACUGAUCAAUCAGGUUUACCCUCAGAACUAAUGUAAAUGUAUAUAUAUUUUUUUAAAUGUCAAGGACUCUAGAAUAAAGAUAUUCCAUGCUAAAUGGUUUUGCUCUUUGUUUGGAGUAAACAUGAGUCACUGACGUACAGAUAGGAUGAAUAAAAAUGGAAACAAUGUUAAGUUAGUUUUGAAUUGUAUAAGGAAUACAUAAAGCCACAGUCUAUGAAGGAAGUUUUACUUCUGAUAUAUUACCACUUUUACCCGUAAUGUUUUUAAGGGAAUCCACUCCGGAGAGCAAGGAUAAUCUCCAAACACUGGCACCACCGCCACAUCUCAGAUUGCA